UUGUUUGUGUAAAUUAUCUAGCCAGAGAAAAGAGAAUAUUAACAAGAACACAAGGGCGGAUACCGUGCCGAAUUCUUUGGGAAAGGCCAUGGCUCGUGUAAUCUAAAAACAGUGUUGGAGGCGAAUGAAAACUGACCAACAUGGAGGAACAGUCCAGGAAUGGGCAUCACCAGCAGAAUUUUAUUAUCAUAGAUUCAAACCAGGUAAGAAAUCUGCUCUCUGAAGCAAUUCUAAUACAUCAUCUGCAAUCAGCUUUCUCAAACAAAACAAUCCAUUCCCCCGAAAGACAAACUUUUCGGAUCAACAGCGAAAAUAAUGACAAUAAUUCUCCGCCUGGUACAUUGCUUCUGAUGCCUGCAUGGUCUCAAUCCCCUCAGGCGCCAUACAUAGGGGUCAAGAUUGUGACUUCUUUUCCUCAUAAUACGCAAGUUGCUAUGCCCAGUAUAAAUGCAUCCUAUAUGCUCUCUGAUUCAUUCACAGGAAGGCCUUUGGCAUUCAUAGAUGGAACAGAGAUAACCCACUGGAGAACAUCAUGUAUAUCAGCCUUGGCUGCAUCCUAUCUCGCAAGGCAAGAACCCCAUGUCCUUGUUAUGGUGGGUGCUGGUCAACUUGCCCCUUAUUUGAUCAGGGCUCAUCUUUAUGUCAGACCCACUUUUAAAAAAGUCAUUAUUUGGAACAGGAGCCCUUCCAAAGCGCAAGCCCUGGUUGAAAAUCUUAGUGGGAGAUUGGGGAGUGGUGUGGAAAUUGAACGUGGGGUUGACCUAGAUGAGAUUGUUGGGCAAGCAGACGUCAUAAGUUGUGCCACCUGUUCUGAGUUGCCGCUUGUUCAUGGUGGAGUCCUAAAACCAGGGACUCACUUGGAUCUAGUGGGAUCCUUUUCUCCUUCAAUGAAGGAAUGUGAUGAUGAGGCUCUUGCAAGGGCUAGGAUCUUUGUAGACUGUGAAGUUGCCUUGAAAGAAGCUGGCGAAUUAGUUGGGGCUUUUGGGAGAGGGGUUAUACUGCCCCAAGAUGUUGUGGGCACUCUCGCAGAGCUUGCGAGAGGGGAGAAAGGUGGAAGGAGUGGAAUAGAGGAGAUUACAGUGUUCAAGUCGGUGGGUUCUGCAGCUGUGGAUCUUGUUACAGCCCAGCUCAUAUAUGAAAAACAUGUUCAGUGUACUUCUGAUUGAAAUUCUGCAUAAACGACCAAGGACAGUUACAGGAUUUAUGUUGGACUAAUUUAAGUGGAAGUUUUAUGGCUGGAUAAAAGUUACUAUUUUGUCUACUGAAAGUGGUUCAUUUUGCAUGGAGCCAUUGCUAGGAUUCUGUCAUGGAUUAUAUAAUUUUCUAGCAUUAUUUUAAAUACACUCUCUCUGUCACAACGUUUUAUC